AUUCUUCACAACUAGCUUCUGCAAUGCAAUUCCUGCGUUUGGGAAAAGAGGGUUCAGAAUCAGAGCUAUAGCUAUGGAAACAAUUCCUAUGAAGACUAUGAUUCCUUCAACUUCACUGAUUCAUAAUCAUGCUAUCAAAAAAACUACACGCAUAACCUCAACUACAAGAAGGACUUCAACUCAAUAUAAACGUUUACGCUUUUCUAUUCAUGCCAAAUUCUCUGAUACCAAUUUUCAAGAUUUUCGAACUUAUGCCAGACCUUCAGAACUUUUUCCAGCCUCUGAAGUGAAAGUGUACACAAAAACAUCAUUAGAAAAUAUUUUAUCUUCUGUUAAGGAGGAUAAAUCCAAAUCUUUGUUUAGGGUCAAGUUAGUUACCAGCAACUUAUAUGGCUCAAAUAUAAGUGACUCCAAUGCUGGAAUUCUUCUAUGCUUGAUAGAUGAAAAUGGACAUUCCAUAUUGAAGAGAAUACCUGUGAGUUUGAUUACAGAUGAUUCCACAGAGUCAGGAGAUAUACUUCAUUUCCAAAGAGGUUCUGUUGAUGAAUUCAUUUUUGAGGGUCCAAAAAUUGCAAGACUUGAGGCUCUUUGGGUUGGUGUUGAAUCGGGUCAAUGGCGCCUAGGAAAUAUCUCCUUGAUAGUCAUGAAUUCUGAAUGGCAACCAUCAUUGCCAGAAGAAGAGGUACCACCGUACACUGGCUUCCAAUACGACUUUCCAGUUGAGGAUGUAUUGCUUGGUGAAGGAACUGAUGUAUCCAUGUUAGAACUAAGACCUAACCUCGUGACUCAGCUUGAAGGGACUGAUCCUAUAAGUUUAUUCAACAAAGAACUUUACGACAGUACCUUGCUCAUAAGUCCUGAGAUCUCAAAGGAAGAGAGCGUGAAGGAAUAUACAAAUUUGAAAUUCUCAUUGCUAUUUUAUGAUGCUGUGCUGAUAUUGUUCGGCACAACAAUUGCUUCUCUUUCAGCUGGUGAAAAUACCGGAUUCGCUUUCUUGAUUGGUGGGAUUGGAGGCUUCUUGUAUCUGCUAUUGUUGCAGAGGUAUGUGGAUGGAUUGCCAGGUUCCGAAUUAAUCACAAGCAAUAAGAGAGGAACUGAUGCAUUGUUCAAAGGAUUAAAGGGUCCUAUACUAAGUGUGGCAUUGGCUUUAGGGUUUGCUGUAUUAGCAGUAAAGUUUACCUCAGGAGAUGAUAUUGAUGUGAUCAUAACACCAAAAGAUAUCAUAGUUGGAAUGAUGGGAUUUCUUGCAUGUAAAGUUUCUGUGGUGUUGGCUGCAUUUAAGCCUAUAACGGUUGGGCCGGAGGAGGUUACCGAGUGACAUGCAACAUCAUACCCGUGAAUUAUGCUAAUAACACGCCGUCUAACACACUAUUUUAUUGGUUGAAAUGUAUAUGGAUCCCUAUUAAAUUUAUACGUGGCCUACACGAUUUAGUGGAAUCCAUUUGAAAUUUCAACUAAUAGAAGAGUGAGUGUUAAGAUAGAGUGUGUUGCUAGCGCUCUUCUAAUACCCUUUUAUACUACAAAGGAAGAAUAUUACACACAACUCUAGUGAAUAGUGAUACACUGUGCUAUACAUAACAAGUCAAUACAAUGUUAUAGUUUUUUAGUG